AUGAUAGAAAAUGUCCUCAAUGAUUUUCUCAAUGAUAUAUAUCUAUAUCUGACUGGAGAAUCCAACGUUCAAAAAGGUUUACUCGUGAAGAAACAUUCAGAAAAUUUGCAACGCCACGGUGAAUUCAGUUUCCCAAAUUCAAUAAAAUCUUGGCACCAGUUUAAAAAACUUAGCGGUUGCGAAGAUUCAAGCCUGACUCUCUUAAAAUACUUACAGAAGGACGAUUCCGACUUCGUUAAUGAAUCGAAAGAUUGGCAUCUAGAAUUGAUAAAGGUUAAACAAGAUAAAGGUCGUAUUUAUAUGUUCCUUAAUCGACCAAAAUCAAUUAUUAUAGGUUUGAGAGAUGCAUUGAACAAUAAUAAUACUAUAAGUCGGAUAAUUAAAGAACAUACUGGUCUUGUUACUUGUGAUCACAAAAGUGAAGAUGAUAACUGUCUGACAUCCUUACGUUUAAAAUAUUUGGCUGUUGCUGUCGAUAGAUUAUAUCGUAUUUUUGCUAAAGGGAAAGACUGUCCCAAUGUAUUUAUAACAUUAAGUUCUUUGCAAAUGAAGGAGGUCAGUCAUUCAGUUCUUUGUGGCACAGUACUGAAUGCUACGACAGGAGGUAAAGAAAUAAGUAUUAAGGCUGAUGACUAUAUUAGAAUGCGUCAGAACGAGAUGAUCCUUAUUGCUCAACACAAAUAUGGAGUCAGAGAAUCUGUACAGGAGAAGUGGAAACAGUUUAUUGACCACCUCGGUGAAUCAGCUGUUGUAUUUGAAUUAUUGCAAACAAAACCAUGUCGAGCAGUGAAAGUUAACUUUGAGUGUUCUUCUGCUGGAUCAAGUAAAGGAGCUGCCUUCGUUUUAUAUAAUUGUGCAAGAUUGGAGGCUCUUGUAAGAUCUUACAAUGAAAAAGUUGAUGAUGGAGUAUACCCCCCUUUACCUGAUUUCGAUGAUACUGAUUUCAGUCUUCUUACACAUGAGGAUGAAUGGAGUUUGGUGUUUAAUUAUAUAAUGGGAUUACCAUCUCUUUUAGAGAAUUGUGUUGAUAUAAGUGAGAAAACAUGCGAAUUCAGGCCACAUCUAAUAUGCAGCUUCCUAUGCUCUAUGGUUCGUGUAUUCAGCCAGUACUAUAGAAAAGUCAGAGUGCUUACAGAACCAAGAAAACAUCUCUUGCCGGUAUUGUUUGCUCGUCUACACAUGUUGAAAAUAUUAAAUGAUACGCUCAAAACAUGUCUAAAUAUUUUGAAUAUUAAAAGUGUUUCACAAAUGUAUAUACAUUUUUAUUGUGAGAGAUCUAAAUAA